AUGACAGUCAACCCAAUCGUGACCAUCCCUCCUGGGCAGACGACCAUCUCCGUGAAGCUCAUCAAUCCAGUCAACGCCGGACCAGCCAUCCUCAACCGAUUCAUGGUCCCCCCUGUCCCAGGUCUCGACACAUUCAAGAGCUUCCCGUCCUUUUCAUUCCUGCUUGAGCAUAGCUCUGGUCGCAAGUUAGUCUGGGACCUUGGAAUUCGAAAAGACUAUAUGAAUUACUCGCCCAAGAUCGCGAGCUACAUCCCAACCACCAAGUACACCCUCGACGUUGAGAAGAACGUUGCUGAUAUCCUGGAGGAGAAUGGAAUCAAAGGCGACGAGAUCGAGGCUGUCAUCUGGAGCGGCCGUAAUCUUCGCGAAAUCGACUUCGACGGCCCCAAUGCAACCAAGAUCGGACGCUUUCGCGCAUUUGACUACUUCGGCGACGGGUCGUUCUUCCUCCUCGACAGCCCGGGCCAUGCAAUCGGCCACCUCUGCGGCCUUGUCCGGACCACCACAAGUCCCGAUACGUUCAUUCUCCUUGGCGGCGAUGUCUGUCACUACGCGGGGGUAUUUCGACCGUCCAAGUAUCUUCCCAUGCCUUCUGAAAUUAGUCCUCAUCCUAUACGGCCGUCUAGUUCGGUCCCGUUCUGUCCGGGCAGUGCCUGGGAGGAGCUCCAGCGCUCCCGGGACAGACGGCCGGAUCAGUCUCUUUAUGAUACGACCUUUGCUCACGAUAUCCCGCUGGCUAUACAUACAGUGGGGAAGUUGCAGGAGAUUGACGCUGACCCGAAUGUGUUUGUUAUCAUUGCGCAUGAUGCGCAGGUGAGAGAUGGGGUUCCUCAUUUUCCGGCGAGUCUGAAUGACUGGAAGGAGGCGGGCUGGGGGGAUGCUCUCAAAUGGGCGUUUUUGAGGGACUUGGAGAUAUUCUGGAGGUCUAAGGAUUGUAUUUAG